AUGGCGUCAAAGAUGAAGGAUCGCAAGAGAACUCCAGUCUCGCAUAAAGUGAUAGAGAAAAGAAGAAGAGAUCGCAUCAACCGAUGUCUAAAUGAAUUGGGGAAAACGGUGCCAAUGGCCCUAGCAAAACAGAACUCUGGCAAGCUUGAGAAAGCAGAAAUUCUGGAGAUGACUGUGCAGUACUUGCGCGCGCUCCACUCUGCAGACUUCCCUCGCGGCAGAGAGAAAGGAGAACUAUUAACGGAGUUUGCUAACUACUUCCACUACGGCUACCACGAGUGCAUGAAGAAUCUGGUCCACUACCUCACCACAGUGGAGCGAAUGGAGACCAAAGAUACGAAAUACGCCAGGAUCCUGGCUUUCCUGCAGUCAAAGGUUGUUACAGAGCCCGUUUUCGGAUCGUUGGGUUCGCUGCAAGACCCCGCGGACUAUCUGUGCCAGCUUCAUUCUUCCCCGGAGUACCAGAGCCCGAGUCCCACCGAAUCCGUCUUUCAACAGAGCCCCCCCGGACACUUUUCUUGGCACAGCUCGGCGCGGAGCCCCACCAUCGGAUAUCCAGCGAUGCCUCUUUCGGCGCAGACUCAGCAGCACGGCGGAUACUUAUCGCCGAUGCAGGGACUUGACCAUCACUAUAUUAACUUCAUCGGCCACUCGCACGCCAACACCUUCACUUUGCACAGCACACAGCACGCUGCUUUGUAA